AUGAGCAAAGACAUGUGCCAAUUGAGGCUAGUGAACCCUGGAAUUACCACCAACCUGGAUGAGAUUCAUGAGUGGAGGCAAUACCAAAGUGAGAUGGAAAACCAAACAAUAGUGUAUGUGUUGGUUCUCGCUGGUCUGUCUGAUCUUCCAAGUCUUCAGCUUCCUCUGUUCCUGGUGUUUCUCCUGAUCUACCUUAUGACUCUGACUGGGAACCUUCUCAUCCUUCUCCUGAUCUUCACUGAUUCCCAUCUUCACACCCCCAUGUACUUCUUCCUUGGAACCUUGGCGUGUAUGGAUUUGUGUUCUUCCUCAGUCACUGUCCCAAGGAUGCUCUUUGAUUUACUCACAGACACAGGGUUUAUUUCUUUACCAGCUUGUAUAACUCAGUUCUACUUUUUCAUCUUCUUUGCUCUGUCAGAGGUAUCUGUGCUGGCAGUGAUGUCCUAUGACAGAUACAUUGCCAUCUGCCGCCCCCUUCACUACAUGCAGAUAAUGAGCUGGAAAGUUUGUGUUGAUCUUGUUUUAAUUGUGUUUGUUUCUAGUGCAGCAUAUUCCUCGGUACACACUCUGUUUUUAGCUAAACUGACAUUUUGCAGGCCUGAUGCUUUGCAAAGUUUCUUUUGUGACCUGCCCCAGUUGCUUGAGGUCUCCUGUAGUGACACAUUCAUCAAUGUAUUGCUUAUAUUUCUCCUUGGGAUAAUGUUCGGACUGGGAAUUUUAACUGUUACUUUUUACCCAUACAUCGCGAUACUCACAACAAUUCUAAAAAUCUCAUCAAAACACACAAGAGCCAAAGCUUUCUCCACUUGCUCCUCCCAUCUAACUGUGGUCUUUAUAUUUUACACUACUAUUUUCUUUAACUACUUCCACUCAAGUGCAAACGGCCAUUUUACUGAGGACAAAGUGUCUUCUGUAUUUUGCACAAUAUUAGUCCCCUUUUUAAACCCACUGAUUUACAGUCUGAGGAACCAGGAGCUCAAAAUAUCACUAAGAAAAACUUUACAAAGACUGGAAAUAAAAAAACUACAGUGA